GACCACACUCCUAAAACAUAUCAACACACAUAACCUCCUCCACCUCCAUUUUCAUUUCCUCUUAUUUAUCCACCCACCACCAAACACCAAAAAAAAAAAAAAAACAGUAUGGCUAACCAGACCACCCAACGGCGCAUUUUAGCAGCACCAGAACCAAAAGCAUCCAUGGAUCAUACCCUCAAAAAACAGACCAAGCCCUCCAUUUCUCAACACCUAUCUAAUAACCUAGAUUCUUCCUUGCCCUGUAAACCCUCUUCCAUUUCCAGCAACAGCUCUAGAGUCAAUACAAGUCAUAGAGUUCGUACUUCACAAAGACCCAGCAGUCAACAAACACUCCCAGCUCUCACUGACACUCGUUUGCAAGCCAAAGCCAUGUCAGUUUCUGCCAUAAUGGGUUCCUCCAAGUCUUCCAUUAAAUCAAAUCCUCAGCCCAAAUCAGUUGGUCCCAAUAUUGAGAAACAGAGCAAGACAACGAAGGAAUUAGCUUGCAAAGACAAGUCCCAAAAAUCCAGUAAAGAUGUGGAAAAGAAGAAAUUUGAGGAGGUGGUUGUGAAGAAGAAGAAAGAAGCUCAAGAGGGAUUGGUGGGUUUUAAAGAAAAGCAUGAAUUUGAUAAUAGGAGAUUGUCAGUUUCAUUGAACUCAAACGGUGGCAGAAGGAGAUCCCUCCGUGGCUCACAGGUUCAAUUGGCAGAUGUGCUUGCAAGUUAUGGUGUGAAAAUUGUUUCAGCUGAUAUGCCACCAUUUAUGCAGAUCCAUGCUGUUGAAUGUGCAAGAAAGACACAUGAUAGCCUGGAAAAGUUCACCUCCAAGACUCUUGCUUUGACUCUCAAAAAGGAAUUUGAUGGGGUAUAUGGGCCAGCUUGGCACUGUAUUGUAGGAACCAGUUUUGGGUCUUUUGUGACACACUCUGUAAGUGGGUUUCUGUAUUUCUCAAUGGAUCAAAAAAUGUACAUCCUCUUGUUUAAGACAACGGUACAAAGAGCAGACUGAACAGUUGGAAAGCUCAAGAAUUUUUAGUGUAGGAAGUUCUGGAAAGCUCAAAAAUAAGUUAUAUUCUUUCGAGCUUGUACAUUGGUUAAUGGUUAUUGCAGGGAAAGCAUAGGAGAGACGGAAAUUUCUCCCCAUCUUUUUGUUCAUAGACAUUUACUUAGUUGUAACUUGUAGGGGCUUAGUAUUUGUCUAAUUGAGAAAUAUGAAAUCCCUUCUUCUGGCCCUGUAAGUCUAUAUGUAUCAGUGUUAUAAAAUCAUAAUAUAAUUGUCCCAAUGUUCUUUUUGGUU